AUAUGAGACUGAAAAGCCUGCAUGAUAAAAAGUGCACGUAAUUUAAGCUGGCACACAGAUCAAGAUCACAGAUAAAAUAAAAUAAAUCUUUAAGGUCAAAAAGAUAUAGCUUAGUCCUUAGAAAUGUUAAACACUAAUUCAUGCUCCCCAAAAAAAUAUCUGAUCUUGCUCCAUUUUAUUAGUCCAUCAUCAGCUUAAGCUGCUGGGAGAACAAAUCAAUGGCUACCCCUCUACCCAAGAUAAUCUCACCCUACAACAGAUACAGGCAUGAGGCCUUCCCAUUCAAAUAUCCCAUCAGAACUCCAAUUACAGCAACAAAAUUUUCAUUUCCAGUGCUAAAAAGAAGACAAGACAAAGAACUAACAUCUAUAAAAGGUGGAGUUUCGUCUAUGAAUAAUGGUUAUGUGGUUUCAGAGCUUGAAAGAGAGAAAGAGAAAGCAGAUGAUGAAGAAAUUAUCAUAGGUAAAGAAGACAUGAGGAAGCUAGCAGACACUUGGUUAGAAAUUCAUGGUCUGGAUAAUUGGGAAGGCAUGCUUGACCCUUUGGAUCCCCUCCUGCGAUCUGAACUAAUAAGAUAUGGAGAAAUGGCUCAAGCUUGUUAUGACGCAUUUGAUUCUGAAACAUUCUCCAAGUACUGUGGCAGUUGCAAAUAUAGGCCUACCAAGUUUUUUGAGUGUCUUGGUCUCAUGCAACAUGGGUAUGAAGUAGCCUCUUACAUCCAUGCUUCAUGUGAAAUCAAUCUCCCAGACCUUUUCCAGAGAUCAAUAUGUCCUGAAGCAUGGAGUCAAACAGCAAAUUGGAUUGGCUAUGUUGCAGUAUCAAAUGAUAAAAUGUCAGCACAUCUUGGACGGAGGGAUAUAACCAUUGCUUGGAGGGGCACACUGACAAGGCUGGAGUGGAUUGAAGACUUUAUGUACUUUCUAAGGCCAAUUUCAUUGAAGAAGAUCCCUUGUCCAGAUCCAAGGGUCAGAGUCGAGUCCGGGUUCCUUGAUCUCUACACAAACAAGAAUAAAAGUUGCCAGUUGUGCAAACGCUCAGCAAGAGAACAAAUUUUAGCAGAAGUCAAGCGAUUAAUACAGCAAUACAAGGAUGAGAAUUUGAGCAUAACAAUCACAGGUCACAGUCUAGGAAGCGCACUAGCAAUACUGAGUGCAUAUGACAUAGCAGAGACUGGGAUAGAUGUCAUGGACAGUGGGAAGGUUGUACCUACAUGUGUCUUCUCAUUCUCAGGACCAAGAGUCGGGAAUAUCAGGUUUAAGGAACGGCUUGAAGAACUUGGGGUGAAAAUAUUGAGAGUGGUGAACAUUCAUGACAAGGUACCACAGGCACCUGGGAUAUUUUUCAAUGAGCACAUACCACUGGCACUUCGAAAACUAGGCGAAAUGUCUCUGUGGCUUUACUCGCAUGUUGGGGUGGAGCUUGCUCUGGAUCACAAGGACUCCCCCUUCCUGAAAGAGACAAGUGAUUUGGGAUGCUUCCAUAAUUUGGAAGCUCAUCUACAUCUACUUGAUGGAUAUCACGGGAAGGGCCAAAAAUUUGUGCUUACCAGCAGAAGGGAUAUUGCAUUAGUGAACAAAGCAAGUGACUUCUUGAAGAAGCAAUUCUUGAUCCCACCGAAAUGGCAGCAAAGUGAGAACAAAGGACUGGCGAGAAACCAAGAAGGCUACUGGGUGCAGCCUGAACGGCCAAAUCCCAGGGAUCAUUUAUAA